UUAUCUGCGAGCAGCUUGUCAUCACUGACUUCCAUCUGCACACCGCCGGUUCUUACAGUUAGCUGUCGGCAACAGGCUACCACCGAGCACUACACAUUCUCCACAACCAUGGCAGAUCCAAGAAUACGGCAAGUGAAGAUAAAAACCGGCAUCGUCAAGAGGCUGGCGAAAGAAGAGAUCGCAUACAUAACCGAGGCAAAGCAGCAGGAGGAGAAGAUUGAGCGCCUGAAAGCAGAGGCGGGAGAUGAUUAUGUCAUCAAGAAACAGAUGGAGGUGUUGCAGGAGUCCAGAAUGAUGAUUCCAGACUGUCAUCGCCGUCUGGCCGUAGCACACGCAGAUCUGCUUCAGUUACUAGAAACGGAGGAGGAUUUGGCUGAAUCAGAGGAGUACAAAGAGGCUAGAAACGUAUUGGACUCAGUGAAGCUUGAAGGAUGAUUUCUGAUGUGUUUCUGUUCUCACUGUGAGAUUCACUUGCUUAAAUGUCCAUUCCUUUCGUCAGACCUUGUUUGGAGCUGCCGAGGCCAACUGAAUCCAUUCAAAGUCUCUGUUCUUGAUGUAAUUAUUUCUACUGUUUACUAAUAACGUGCCACCACGUUGGACCACGCUUCUCCUGUGUGUACAACCCACAAGAAAAUGAUAAAACGUUCAGUUUAAUACAGCACAGGAGUGGAGAGUUUCAUUUAUCAUACUAAUACUGAAGUUGCACGUAACCAUUGUUUUCAUUGUUAAUUAGUCUGUUUGAUAUUUCUCAGUUAACUAAUUAGUUGUUUGGUUUUACUUCAGUUUAGUGUCAUAGAGGAGGAAGGAAACCAGAAAAUAGUCACAUUUCAGAAGCUUCUUGAAAAAAAAAUUGCUUAAUUAUCCAAAUAGUUGGCGAUUGAUUUAAUAGUUGCGGCGCUAAGCAAUACACAACCUGGACUUCAUAUGAUUAAAUAAACAUUUGUGAACUUUU